UGGGGAAAAACCUCCGCACUCUCAUUAAUCGAUCCGCGUCGUUCAACGAUGUCCAAGCAGAUGUGGCAAAACGGCACCGUCCAGACCUGUGCAUCAACAGAUAUUACACGAAGUCCGCAAGAUAGGUCGUAAUGACUCAGACCAGUCUGGUUAUCUGUAUGGUGGAGAUCGGGUCGCCCUAUCAAUUACUCAACAAAAUGCUGGUCAAACUUUCGGUGAUCGUUUGGAACUUUUCUUGUCACGACGAUUCUCACGUUCUAUUGCUACCCAUUAACAGCACACAAUCCAAAGACUCGGGGAUGGAAAUGUUGAGAAGGAAUUUCCUUCGAAUUACCACCAGUGGACUUUGCCGUGUUAGACUUUGGGACGUUUUUGCGCACACCGCACUCAUGUGGCUUUCGCCAUAUCGACCGGAGGUGACGCCGUUGAUCGAAGACCUGGGAAGAGUGAGAUUAUCAAGGCUGAGCUGCAAUGAGAGAGCGGGUAGCUUCAUCGAGAGAUAACUACGAUUUUAUCAUUUAGGCACUGGCAAGUGAACUCAGUGAAAACGGAUGUGGUAUUUGUAUCGCGCUACGUCCGAUCAUCAUAUUACCAUCAUAGUACGUGCUAAAGUUGUCUGUCAUGGGAGGGUUUUCUGUUUUCAAUUUAGCCGUUUAGGUGUCACUUGAUUCCACAUCAUUCAUUCACUUAAACGAGAUAGCCAAGCGAUCGGUCUCUUGGAGCUCAGUCUGUAUCGACGGCGUUACAACUUGCAUCACAAUCAUGUAUAGUUCUGGAAGGACAGUUGCGGGAAAAUCUGCAUGACACCGAACUCUGAAGGUGGACAAGAAUAUAAGAUCAUUCCUUGCCUCGGACCUGCAGAUCUUUCCCCCCCGGCUCGCCUCUCCCUCGUAUUUCUCAUUGCAGGCCAUGUCCACAACAUCCCCGGAUACUCUCAAAUCCGCUGGUCCCUUUUUACUGGGAUACCUCCUCAAUUACGGACUGUAUGGUGCCCUUACAGUUCAGGUGUACCUCUAUUACAUAGCCUUCCAAAACGACCGUACCGCGGUUAAAGCUAUAGUUUACGGCGUAUAUCUCGUCGAAACGGCGCAAGUUUUCAUGAUCACCUAUGACGCGUUCCAGAAUUUUGUCUAUGGGUUCGGGCAACCGGGGGCAUUGAACAAGAUUAAUUUACUUUCGUUUGAUUGUUGCAUCAUCGAUGGGGCAGUUGCGUGUGUGGUGCAAACAUUCUUUGCUUAUAGGAUUUUUUUGUUAUCUAAGUCGAAACUGUUAACUGGUAUUAUUGUAUUGAUCUCACUUGUGCAACUUGGGGGUGCCAUCACUACAGCAGCGCAGGCUGAAACCGAUAGUGUAUUUUCACAGGUUCGAGAAAAUUUCAUCCCGGUAUCGUUGUGGCUAGGAGGAAGUGCAGCGUGCGACAUUGUGAUAGCUGUCUCAAUGACUUACGUUCUAUCCAGAUACGAUCCGAGCAUCCGCGAAACGAGGGAUCUUGUUAGACGUAUCAUCCGGUUGACUAUGGAGACUGGCAGUUUGACUGCCACUGUAGCAACAGUAGACCUCAUCCUCUUCCUCUCCUCCAAGUUCCCUUAUCACGUAACUCCCGCUCUGGCAUUGGCCAAGCUUUAUUCCAAUUCGAUGAUGGUGAUCUUCAAUAGCCGAAUCAAAAUCGUGGGUGGACGAGGGCAGUCAUCAAUGUCGAUUGGGGAGGGUGGGAUAUCGAUAAUCUCCCAAGGGCAUUCGGGUUUAGAGUCGCUGUCUCGGGCUCAACCAAGACGAUUGCAGACGUACCAUUCGGAUCUCAGUGUCGGGGUUAAACGUGAGAUUGUGAUCGAUGUUCAAGCUGACAGUCCAAGGACAGUUCAAAGGUCGAAUGUGGAACUUCGCACACAUUCCAUUCAAGUUGGUGAACUCAAUUCAAACGAAGAGCUUCAAGAACAAACAAAGAAGGAUGCCGAUUCAGUGGAUGCUUUGCACAGAUUGGGCUCUUGAGUGCUAGACCACAAUUAUAUGCCGCUUCCAGAAAGGGAAGCUUGUCCCCCUGAGUUGAUACACGACUCGGAACUUUCUCCAUUAUCCAAAAUGUGCA